CAGCGUUGUCUACAGUGUAGGAUAUGAAUACGAGCAUGUAAGUCCGGUUUUCGAGAGAGAGAUCAUCCGCGCGUCUGAAAAAGGGAGAGGGAGAAAUCGUAUAAAGAGGAUCGGUCCAGCAACAAGCACUCGCAGUAUACGUAUCCGUUUCUUCAUCCACUCUCCCAUUAGUAGUUGAAAAAUGCUUUCUUGGUCCUCUAUAUGGGUAACGCUCUUACUCGCGAAAUUUACAGCAGCUAGUAUCGAGAGUACGGGAGGUUGGCAAGGAGUAUCAGCGAGUAGUGACUACGGAACAGGUCACGGCGUAGAAUUAGUUGGUUAUGGUUCCUACGGCGAUGGUGGAUUUAAUGGUUUGCACGGAGGACACAUCCAACACCAUUACGCUCCAGCCGUACCGGUGAGCCAACACGUGGAAGUUACCAAACCUGUGCCGAUACCUGUCGUCAAAAACGUUGGAGUGCCGGUUGCUCAACCAGUGGCGAUAGAAAUUCCACAUCCGGUCGCCAUAGGGAUACCGCAGCCUUAUCCGGUUCACGUACCAGUUGCAAAGCCAGUUCCGAUCCCCGUGGUGAAGACCGUGGCGAUUCCUGUCGAGAAAAAGGUUCCAUUUCCUGUGGAGAAGGUGAUACCGGUCCCAGUGGAGAAACAUGUGCCUAUACCGGUAGAGAAACAUAUACCGGUACCCGUAGAAAAACCAUAUCCCAUUCACGUGCCAGUCUACAAGCACGUGUACCAUCGGGUGAAGUCGCACGGUUACGGAUGGAAUCGUUAGACGUUAUAACAUGGUGCUUUGAGGAUACAAGCGUGUCUACAGAUAUGUUCGUAACACCAAGCGAGCGUAACUUCUGCGUGCGUAUUGGCCAGUUUACGGCAAAAGAUUACGAUUCUCUUCCUCAAACGAUCGAUCGCGAUACGGCUCUUCUUCGAGCGCACACAUUGCACGAAUCGGAGAAAUCAACAGGACGUCACACAAGUAUGACAGAAUAUCUCUGCUGUUGUUUGUAUUUAUGGUUCUUUUUUUUUUUUUUCUUUUUUUGUUGUCGCGUUAUCGAAUAAAAUAUUGAUCUUUAAUUAAACCA